AUGAGAGCGGCCGUGCUUUACUGCUGCUCUGGGUUCAUCUGGACCCUCUCGGCUGGUGCCUCCAUCCCCAGGUACUUUGAGGAACAACCAAACACCCGCCGUAGCUUGACUAGCACGCAAGUUCAACAAGAGCUCGGUGGCUGGGUAUCAAACACUACGUCAAUCUUCGGACCGGAUGAUGGCCGUUUUGAUGACGUGACCUCGAGAUGGACUGACUUUUCCAAGCCCAACGUCCAAGUUGUGAUCGAGCCAGGUACCGAAUCUGACGUCCAGGCAAUCGUCGAAUACUGUAACGCAAACAGCAUCAACUUCCUGGCCAUCAACGGCGGGCACGGCCUUUCCGCAACGCUUAGCACAUUCAACGGAAUCCAGAUCAACAUGCGGCAGCUCGACAACAUCGACAUCCAACCCAGUCACAAGUCAGCCUGGUUCGGCGGCGGCACCAUCGUGGGCCAAGUGAUACAAACUCUCUGGGAUAAGGGUUUCGUCACCACUACCGGCGGGUGUGAGUGCGUCGGCAUGCUCGGCGCCGGUCUUGGAGGUGGCCACGGCCGUUAUGAAGGUCUGUACGGCAUGAUCAGCGACAACAUGCUGCAGCUCAACGUUGUCUUGGCCAACGGUUCGGCCAUUCGCGUCAACACGACGAGCCACAGCGACCUUUUUUGGGCCAUGAGAGGUGCUGGACACAACUUUGGCAUCGUCACGAGCUACGAAAUGAACAUCUGGCCCUCGGGACCAAAGACCUGGCACUUCCACAACUACGUCUGGCGUGGUGAGCACUUGGAGCUCGUAUUUGAUGCUCUCAACAAGUUUCACAACAACGGCUCGACUCCCGUCAACAUGGCCUUCAACGCUGGGAGCUUUGUUAUGAACACCACCAUAACCAACGAAGAGCCCAUCAUCAUGUGGUCAUUCGCCUACCGCGGACCUGCCGAGGAAGCUGAGAGACACCUCGCCCCCUUCAAUGCCAUAGAAUCAGUCUUUGAGGUAAGCGGCGAUGUGCCCUACUCGAAGAUACCUAGCGUGCAGGGCACCGGCUAUUCCGACCCCAUCUGCCAGCAUGGCAGUGUGCACAGCACGUCGACUGCAGGCCUGCAGGUUUACAACCUGACGGCAGAGCGUCUUAUUUACAACGGAUUUAAGCGGCGCAUAGCCCAAGAUUCGGACCUCGCGGCCGGGACGGUGAUCAUCCACGAAGGCUACUCGACCGAGGGAGUUGACGCCGUCGACCCCGACAGCUCGGCGUAUCCGUUCCGCGCCGAUCACCACCUGAUGCUUUUCGACGCCGCCGUGCCGCAUGGACAAACGGCCCGUUUAGAAGCGGCCUGGGCCUGGGCCGCCGAGGUGCGCGACCAGUGGAACGAAGGCCAGCCGGACCGGGCUGUACACGCCUAUGUCAACUAUGCCACCGGCAUGGAGACUCUCGAAGAGCGGUACGGCCAUGAUGGCUGGCGCCUAGAGAGGCUGAGGGACCUCAAAGUGCGCUACGACCCUAACAACCGCUUUCGCUACUACAACCCCAUCAUCGUCGGGUAA